AUGGAGACGACAUCUCUUACAAUCUCGGUGAGCUUGAAAAAAACUUUACUGUCAGACGAGACAGCGGUGAGAUGCCUGCGCGCCAGCAAACAGGGCUCCGGUAAAAGCUCCCCCACUGGAAGAUCUGACACAGUCACUGACGUUUUAAAAUUGACAGUACUCUUGGAUGGAGACCUGAACAUGGAAGAACUUGCCAGCACACUCAAAAUGAGGGAUGAAGCUCGCUUCGAGUUCUAUUUCGUCAAUAGAUUUUUGAUCGAGUCAAAAUCACUUGAAAUUCCCAAAGAUGCUCGAAAGUUGCGCAUCUCCGUUUCCGCGCUUCGUUUACUUCUCUCCUAUCUGGAAGCGCCACCGGCCUUUGUUGCAGCAGUUUCUCGUUUCGGUCAACCUGCCGGCCGCGGGUAUCGAGCCCCUCAGACAAUUGGGAAAGCGAAGACAAUUGACUUCUGGUAUCUUCUUCCCGUGCAAAUCCAAGUUGAAUGCACUGAAAAUGCGCUGGGUCAUGCGAGGAGCACAGCUGGCAGCAGUCAGAUGGAUCCUUUCCAUUACCUACACCUUCCCGAUGAGAAGGUUGAUAUCCGUGGUUCACAGAUCGCAGUGUACUGCAGCACGAACCUCUCCACAAUGAAAACAACCAGCCUUUGCAUCGGCUUCCAGGACGGGCGCUGGAGUAGAUCUGUGAAAGAGCCGCAGCGCCGCAUCAAGGAGGCACUGAAACAUUUUGAGCAUCUUCAUUGUGCUGAUGAUCCUUUCUUCAUACAUCUAGUGUACAUCACAAGUGCUCUUAGGUGGUGGAACAACGCUCUGGACAGCUUCAACAACCAGCUUAUAGUGCAUGAGAAAAGCCUGCAGAACCAAAUGAACAACCUGCACCUGGUCACUCCAGACUUCAACACUGAGAUUAAUAAAGCCUUGCACACUAUGACAGCUCAUCUGCAUCGGUAUGGCUCAGAGCUUGGAUGGCUGGGGGACAUAGUUGCAGCCAUUGCUCAACAACAUGAGACCUACUUCAAAUACGUCCGCAAAACCCCGCCAGAGAGAACAAGAUUUGGACUACUACAGGUAGCUUCUCACCUUAGCGCUAUCAGUAGCAUUCGUCAGGAGCUAGAGGGUAAAACCAAGAAUAUCCUCGCCUUACUCUUCAACAACAUCCAGGUUUCGAAUGACAGGCUUCUUGUAGAAAACAGCAAAGCGACUCACAAGUUAUUGAAAGCCGCCCGUCUGGAAGCUGUGCUUUCCCGCCGGCUGGCCGAUCAAUCCCAAAAGAUUGCGAUCGAGAUGCGAAAAGACAGUGUGGCGAUGAAAACAAUCGCACUACUGACCGCGUUCUUUCUGCCUGGAACUUCCUUCGCAGCCAUUUUAGCUAUGCCAUUCUUCACAAAGAGAGCUUGGAUGAGCGGAACCUCGCGGAUAUGGUUGUGGGUAGCACUGACUGUUCCAUCGACUAUCCUUGCUUUUGCAUUUUACACUUACUGGAAAGCGAGGGAUGAGAAGCGAAGUGCUAGCAAAGGGAACGCGGUCGAUAUGUGUGAAUUGGCGCUAUCUGAUGACACGAUCGCACUCGUCGGAGGCGUUGGAGGGACCUUCGAGACCGACCAUCCAACCAUGGAUGCGACUGAGGCCAAUACUGUCGAGAGCCGAAUCACCCUAAGCUACAAAGGACGUUCAGGCGGUCGACAUAUGGUAUGGCAGUCUCCAACGAAGCCGCUGGGUGUGCCAGAGGAUAUUGCAAAAUGCGUGAAAUGGUCAACUGGAGCUGGAUGCGUGACCGCUUCUCGUAUCACAGUUGGUGGUGGCCUAACAAAGCAGAAGUAUCAGGGAGACCAAACCAUCGCCGCUUCUUGGAAGGAAGGAAUGUAG